AAGAACAAUGGGCAAAUGUUGCACAAUCCAGGGAAGAGACUUCACUCUGACGACGUCACCUGGAGAAAUGCCAGAGUUGACUUCCGUCACAUGUUCAAUGGAGACUACCACUUUGAUGGGGAGACAUUCGUGGAGGGGCGGAAACUCAUCACAGAUGGUGUGAGCUCUGUCAAAGCCAGCAUCAAGCGAGGGAACUUUGAGGCAGCAAGACAGAAGCUGGGAGACAUUUUACACACCUUACAGGACUUCUACAGUCACAGUAACUGGAUAGAACUGGGCAACAGAUUUCCCAAUUCCAAUCUCAUCAGAUCAGACGUGUCGGACAUCGGCCCUGUUGCAGACAGGUUGAUGAUGUCAUCAGUCCUGGCAGUAGUCUCUCUCCUCCUCCUGCAGACAGGGGUCCAGGGGUUCCUGGUACUCCUCUCAGGCAGCUCCAUGGACCACCUGGAGAUCACUAGGGAAGCCAUCUUACAGACCACGGCAAAGGUGUGCAAGCAACUAGCCUCUGUUGAGGGAAGAGACUUCACUCUGCCGCCUGGACCACUGACUGCAGAGUCUCUGGCUCUAGCCUGCUCCUCAUCGGGGUCUGCUAAGAGUUUCCUGAGUGCCAUAUCAGACGUCACCUGGAGAAAUGCUGGAGUUGACUUCCGUCACACGUCCGAUGAAGAGUACCACUUUGAUGGGGAGAGGUUCGUGGAGGGGCGGAAACUCAUCACAGAUGGUGUGAGCUCUGUCAAAGCCAGCAUCAAGCAAGGGAACUUUGAGGCAGCAAGACAGAAGCUGGGAGACAUUUUACACACCUUACAGGACUUCUACAGUCACAGUAACUGGAUAGAACUGGGCAACAGAUUUCCCCAUUCCAAUCUUAUCAGAUCAGACUUGUCAGACAUCGGCCCUGUUGCAGAUAAGAACACGCCCACAUGUCGGAGCUGUGUCGGUAAAGACUGCCAGAACAACAUCCUAGAAGACAUCAUCAGAGACAAGAAGCUGACCUCGGGAUAUUUUAGCCUUGAACCUUUUUUUUCCAUCAAACCAAAAGGGAAGUGCAGCCAUGGGGGCUUAUCGGACCAGACAAGCAGGCAGGAGCCUACAGGUGGGAUCAACAAGGACUCACUUGAGUCCAGCCAUGGCAACUGGCACACUGCAGCUGCAGAGGUGGCCGUGGCUGCAACCAGCCAGCUGCUGGAGGACAUCAGAGGGGCUGCCGGGGACACAGACUUCCUACGGAUGAUGGGGAUCUCUAGGAAUGGAUCUAGAGUUCUGUGUUUUGUGAUCGACACCACCGGCAGCAUGUCGGACGACAUCGCAGCAGUAAGGGAGACGACGUCGCUCAUCAUCGACAGCAAGAGAGGAACGCCAGACGAACCCUCAGCCUACAUCUUGGUCCCCUUCAAUGACCCAGACUUUGGGCCCCUGAUGCGGACCACGGACCCAGAUGUCUUUAAGGCCCAGAUCAAUGCACUGAGUGCUGAUGGAGGAGGGGAUUUCCCAGAGAUGAGUCUAUCAGGACUUCAGGUGGCUUUAACUGGUGCACCCCCUCUUCAGAGAUCUUCCUUUUCACCGAUGCCCCGCAAAAGACUUGAACCUAAUGGGCACGGUGAUCGCUCUCAUAGAACGCACUAAGUCAGUGGUGUCCUUCUUCCUAACUGGCUCUUUGGGGCUCCGUCGUAGGAGGGCUAGUGACCAGGGCCAAGGACAGGUCCAGCACAGUCGGAUGGUAGAGUCAGACUCCCAGCUCUACAUGGAGCUGUCCCAGGCCUCAGGUGGCCAGGCCAUACAGGUCACCAAGACAGAAUUGCCCAAGGCCACCAGCAUCAUUGUGGAAUCCUCCAGCUCUUCAUUGGUGACCAUUCUACAGGCUGUGCGGAGUCCAGGAAGGGCUGAUAAUUUCUCCUUC